GCCGGCUCCAUGGGCUUCGGCGCACAGCGGCGCGAUGAUGAUGGACGUUAACAGCAGCGGCCGCCCGGACCUGUACGGGCACCUCCGCUCCAUCCUCCUGCCCGAGCGCGGGCUGCCGGACCUGAGCCCCGACGGUGGCGCCGAUCCGGUCGUCAUCUCCUGGACGCCGCACCUGCUGAACGGGGUCCCCGAGGUGACGGCCAGCCCCUCGCCCACCUGGGACGGGACCCCGGACAAUGUCUCCGGCUGCGGAGAGCAGAUCAACUACGGCAGAGCCGAGAAAGUUGUGAUCGGCUCCAUCCUGACGCUCAUCACGCUGCUGACGAUCGCGGGCAACUGCCUGGUGGUAAUCUCCGUGUGCUUCGUCAAGAAGCUCCGCCAGCCCUCCAACUACCUGAUCGUGUCUCUAGCGCUGGCAGACCUCUCCGUGGCCGUGGCGGUCAUGCCCUUCGUCAGCGUCACCGACCUCAUCGGGGGCAAGUGGAUCUUUGGUCACUUCUUCUGCAACGUCUUCAUCGCCAUGGACGUCAUGUGCUGCACCGCCUCGAUCAUGACUCUGUGCGUGAUCAGCAUUGACAGGUACCUUGGGAUCACCAGGCCUCUCACGUACCCUGUGCGGCAGAACGGGAAAUGCAUGGCAAAAAUGAUCCUCUCGGUCUGGCUCCUCUCAGCCUCCAUCACUCUACCCCCGCUCUUUGGAUGGGCUCAGAAUGUGAAUGAUGACAAGGUUUGCUUGAUUAGCCAGGACUUUGGCUACACGAUCUACUCCACUGCAGUGGCAUUUUACAUCCCCAUGUCGGUCAUGUUGUUCAUGUACUACCAGAUUUACAAGGCUGCCAGGAAGAGCGCUGCCAAACACAAGUUCCCCGGCUUCCCUCGCGUGCAGCCCGAGAGCAUCAUCUCUCUGAAUGGCAUGGUGAAGCUGCAGAAGGAGGUGGAAGAGUGUGCAAAUCUUUCGAGACUCCUCAAACAUGAAAGGAAAAACAUCUCCAUCUUUAAGAGGGAACAAAAAGCAGCCACCACCUUGGGGAUCAUUGUUGGGGCCUUCACUGUGUGCUGGCUGCCAUUUUUCCUCCUCUCGACAGCCAGGCCCUUCAUCUGUGGCACUGCCUGCAGUUGCAUCCCGCUGUGGGUGGAGAGGACAUGUCUGUGGCUGGGCUAUGCAAACUCUCUUAUUAACCCUUUUAUAUAUGCCUUCUUCAACCGGGAUCUGAGGACCACCUACCGCAGCCUGCUCCAGUGCCAGUACCGGAAUAUCAACCGGAAGCUCUCGGCUGCCGGCAUGCACGAGGCCCUGAAGCUUGCUGAGAGGCCAGAGAGACCCGAGUUUGUGCUAACUCUGACUACUGUAGAAAAAAAGGUCAUGAUUCAUGAUCCAAAGCAGAAUAAUGGAGGUGAAUUAAACAAGGCAAAACAGGUGGAAACAGAACGAAGUUAUUUGCCAAGACUGCAAAAUGGAAUGCGGCUUCUGCCCCUUUCUUGGGAUGGCCCAGACAUCACAAACAGGGUGAUCUGUUGUACAAAGUACAUCAUGGGGGAGAUGGUGACCUCUCUGUUUUUUUGUGGAUCAAUGCUUUUGUGUGCCAAUGAAAAUAGUUCUCAGUGUAAGACAGCCAGAUCAUCUCAGCAGUAAGCACACUGACAGAACUGAGUUCCAGAAGGGAAACAGUUUCUGGUGCUUUGCAUACGUCCACAUCCAUGCAAGUGGGAGAAGGUACCAACACACACACCCCUAAUGCUUCUAAGUCUAGGCAUUUUGGUGAAUAUUCAGGAAUCAUUCAUGAGCCAGAAUGUAUUUUGUUGUAUGACAAAAGGUAUCUUUCCAAGAAAACUGUGGUAAGCAUAGUGUUGAAUAUGUUGCAUGUCUAUGUUAGAAAACGAAGUCCAGUCAUCAGCUAAUACAAAUGAUUUCCCCAGAGCAGUGUUUGUUUAAAGCUUUUGUCAAAUAGUUUGGCUUUUCUGCAGGGUCCUUGUGAUUUCCCACUCUUUGUUAACUCCUCGCUGUUAUGGUAUAACUCAGGAACAGGUCUCAGGAUGGAGAGCAGCAUAAAACCUGGGUUCAUCUUUUUCUUGCACUUGCACUUCUGAGGAGUCCUGAGAAGUGGGAGGGCUUCCUUUUGUGAGAGUUUGUACUAGGAUGAAGAAUGAGUGCUACCUACCUGCAUUGUAUAUUCACAUAAUUAUUGGCAUGUUGUUUACUCUCACUUUAUAUGAGGGUGCAAUGAGCCCAUGGGACUGCUCUGUAACUGUAUGAUAUAAGGAAGAAUUGUUGCAAUAAUAGGUUUCUAUAAAUGGUUGUGGUGCUCUGGAGCUGGAGCAUAAAUGUAUUCGUUCAGUUGAGUUACGUGAAAUGGAGGUUACCUGUACCACCAUUGGGAAAUGUUCCAUCUAAAGAAUCUGUUUCUGUGUUCUCUGUAUCUUAAAUCAAAUGUGUGCCUGGAUAAUUCUGUCCCCUUUCCCCUGCCCCUUCUCCAAGAAGAGUAGUAGACAUGAUGGGUAGGUAAGGGAACAGAAAUGGUCCUUUCAGAGGAUAGUGUUUUAUAAAGCAAUUUACACUCAGUCUGAACUAAGGACAUAGAAAGACAGUAGAUCAGGAAAAUACCUAUAACUAUAAGGGGAAAAUGAGUGCAAACCUUCAUUGAGUAAAAGAGAACUGAAAGAGAAUAUUAUUUUACUACAAUGAAAGAAGCUGUCCUGUCACAGGAUAAAGUGGAACUCCAACAUGGAUUUGGGACUUCUUCCAACUGUCACUGACAUUGCUUCUUACCAGAUGCAGGGAAGGGCUGCCUGCAAGGGGAGCUCGGCACUGUCCUUUCAGACAAAGCUUGUACAAAUUCCCAAACUGCAGAUUUGCUAAAGUGACCAUAUAUACUUAUAUUCACAAUUUAAAUGAUUGAUGAUGGUCAGAUACAUGUUGUUAAAUUUAAAAAUGUUUUAUUACAUUACAUCAAUAAAGGUUAUUUGUAGCUGUA